AUGGUCUUCAACUCCGGCUUGAGAUCAAGAAGGAGGCUCCCUCCAGGUCCUUGGAGGAUUCCGGUAAUUGGAAACCUUCACCAUCUCGGUGAGCUACCUCACCGAUCUCUCCACUGCCUUGCAGAGAAACACGGCCCACUCAUGCACCUCCAGCUCGGCCAAAUCCCUACAAUCGUUGUAUCAUCUCCUGAGGUUGCUUCUGAAAUCAUGAAAACUCAUGAUCUUGAGUUUUGUAACAGACCUUCCACAGCUGUCUUCAAGAAAUUCUCUUACAAUGGAUCAGACAUCUCCCUUUCAAAGUACGGCGAGCAUUGGAGGCAAAUGAGAAGGCUUGGAACAAUGGAAUUCUUUAGCACGAAGAGAGUGCAAUCCUUUAGGAAUGUGAGAGAAGAUGAAGUCCAUGUCUUGAUCCAAAGUAUGAGACGUUCUUGCACUCAAUCGCUGGUAAAUCUAAGUGAGAUGUUUCUUUGUAUGACGAACAACAUAACAUGUAGAGAAGUGUUCGGAAAAAGGUUCUCCGAUGAUGGAGAGUGCAACAGGAGUAAACACCAUGAUCUUGUUAUGGAGGUGAUCGAGUUGAUGGGAGGGUCCUCUAUUGGAAAUUUCUUUCCUUCUUUGGGUUGGCUCAGUGUGAUCACUGGUUUCCAAGCAAAGCUUGAGAGGAACUUUAAGAAAAUGGAUGAAUUUUUUGAGAGAGAGAUUGAAGAGCAUUGUUUGAGUUUGAUGAAUGAUCAAGGUCAUGGUGAUCAACAAAAAGAAGACUUGCUUGAUGUGCUUCUUAAGUCACAGAAGGAUUCUGCUAAUCUUGGUUUCUCUUUGACCAGGGAUCAUAUCAAAGCAAUUCUCAUGGACAUAUUUCUAGGUGGAACAGACACAUCUGCUGCAAUCCUAGAAUGGACAAUGACGGAACUUAUGAAGUUUCCAUCAACAAUGAAAAAAGCACAAGAUGAAGUUCGAGGUAUCAUAGGAAAUAAAGGAAAGGUGGAAGAAAACGAUCUUCAACAACUCCAAUAUCUCAAAUUAGUGAUAUGUGAAACUUUGCGUUUGCAUUGUAUUGUUCCUUUUCUGCUCCCUAGAGAAAAUAGUAAAGACUGCAAAGUGUUUGGAUAUGAUAUCUCCAAAAACACAAGGGUUUUAGUGAAUGCAUGGGCAAUUUCAAGGGAUCCAAAAUUAUGGGAAAAUCCUGAAGUCUUUAUGCCAGAGAGAUUUGAAGGAAGUACUAUCAAUUACAAAGGCCAACAUUUUGAAUUCAUCCCUUUUGGUGCCGGUCGGAGGAUGUGUCCAGGAAUGCAAUUAGGAAUAGUUAUUGUAGAGAUUGCGUUGGCUAAUAUCUUAUAUCAUUUUAAUUGGGAACUACCUUUUGGGAUGUGUUAUGAAGAUAUCGAUACGACCGAAAUAUUUGGAGUUGUUCUCCAUAAAAAAUCACCAGUAUGUCUUAAGGCAAAACCAAUUCAUCAAAUUCUGCAGCAUUCAUCUGCCAUACCUUUUAAUGACUACAUAAACAGGAUUAGUGCCUCUAAUGCAUCUCAUUAG